GGUGGAGCAGUUGUACAGUACGUCUUCUCUGUGCGUCUUGAAAAUACAGUUAUUUAAAACGCUUUUCCAAAGUGGGAUUUACGCAAAGGGGGUUCGCAGACAGUGGAGCAGUGGUCUACGGCAGACCCAGAUACAGACGUCCAGGGAAGAGGGGGCUCCCCAAAACCUGAGCCAUGAGUCGCAGCAUUGUGCGGCAGAGUAAGUUUCGCCACGUCUUUGGUCAGGCGGUGAAGGCGGAACAAGGCUACGAUGACAUCAGAGUCUCAAAGGUGACGUGGGACAGUUCAUUCUGUGCUAUCAACCCAAAGUUCCUGGCGGUGAUUGUGGAGUCAAGUGGAGGAGGGGCCUUUCUGGUGCUGCCACUGUCCAAGACAGGACGUGUGGAUAAGAACUACCCUCUGGUCAUCGGUCAUUCUGGGCCCGUCCUGGACAUUGACUGGUGUCCCCAUGAUGACAACAUCCUGGCCAGUGGCUCCGAGGACUGCACAGCCAUGGUGUGGCAGAUUCCAGAUCAUGCUCUGACCCGUCCCCUCUCGGAACCCAUAGUUGUAUUGGAGGGUCACUCAAAACGUGUUGGGAUCGUCACAUGGCACCCAACAGCACGCAACAUACUUCUAACAGCAGGCAGUGACAACCUGAUUAUCAUUUGGAAUGUGGGCACUGGAGAGCCCCUCAUCUCCAUGGAUGACCACCCAGACCUCAUCUACAGCAUCAGCUGGAACCGAAAUGGCAGCUUGUUUUGUACGACCUGCAAAGACCGGCGACUCCGAGUGUGUGACCCGCGCAAGAGAGACGUGGUGGCGGAACGUCUCGCUCCUCAUGAAGGCAUCAGGCCGAUGAGAGCCAUUUUCACUAAAGACGGAAACAUCUUCACAACAGGCUUCACUCGAAUGAGUCAGAGGGAGCUGGGUCUCUGGGACCCGACAAACUUUGAGGAGCCUAUUGCACUAUUGGAGCUGGACACAAGUAAUGGUGUGUUGCUACCAUAUUAUGACCCAGAUGCAAACAUGGUCUACCUCUGUGGAAAGGGAGACAGCAGUAUCCGUUACUUUGAGAUCACAGAGGAGCCUCCAUACGUGCACUACCUCAACACGUUUAGCAGUAAAGAGCCACAGAGGGGCAUGGGCUUCAUGCCCAAGAGGGGGGUUGACGUCACCAAGUGUGAGAUCGCCAGGUUAUUCAAGCUCCUUGACAAGAAGUGUGAGCCCAUCACAAUGACAGUGCCUAGAAAAUCGGACCUCUUCCAGGAUGACCUGUAUCCAGACACAGCAGGCCCUGAGCCUGCCAUGGAGCCUGAGGAGUGGCUGGACGGGCGCAACGAGGACCCUAUCCUGGUGUCUUUGAAAGAGGGCUAUGUUCCACCCAAAAGUCGAGAGCUCAAAGUGUCCAAGAAAAACGUGCUGGACUCCAGACCCACCACUAGGCGCAGCAUGUCCACCUGUGACACCAACAGCCUGCCGCCUCAAUUACUUGAGCGGUUGUUGGAGGAGCUACAAAACCUUAAGGCCACGGUUUUGUCUCAGGAGAAGAGAAUUUGUGAUCUGGAGAAUAAGCUCUCACAGUACACCAAUGGCACAGCUUAAGGUGCACAACAUGCAACCGCUGUGAAAAACUAUUUAGGCCUUCUGAAUUUCUCAUAUUUUUGAAGUUCGCUAUAAUAUUUUCUAUCAACAAGCUAUACUUUGAUACUGAUGAUGAUUUAAGUAAACAUAACAUAGAAUUUUUUAAUUAUUAUUGCAUGGCCCAGUGUGCAUCUAAACCAAAAAUAACUAGUGUAGAGGACACAUCCACCAUAGCUGAGUGCCUUUCACGUCACAGCAAGAAGGUCCAAAGUUUAAUUCCCAAACUAGGUGUCGCCUUUCUCAGUUGAGUUUUGCAUGUUCUUCCUGUAUUUUCCUCCAUCAACCUAUAACAGGCAAAUCUCUGAAGUUGUAUUUUGCUUAUACUUGGGGUAUAUAAUAAUAAAAAGGUUUGUUGAUGUAAAAAUGUUGAAGCACAAAAAUAUGACAACUCCAGAAGGGGUCAAAUACUUCUCAGCACUGUAGUAUAUAGUUUGAACUGGUCUGAAUUCAGAUUGCUGUAGACACCUAUCUUCCUUGCAUAAACAAGGAACUGAUCUCCUGCACUGAAAGGUGAGGUAUGCUAAAAGUGGAAUAUUUUAUGUCUGAUGUUUUAUAUUGAACAUUUGUAUCAUAAUGUGCCUUUGAUGCUGUGGGAAUUGAUCAUAUUUACAUCAUAUUUAUGAGCAUGAGAAGGGUGGAUGUGAGAUGAGAGGAAAGAGGAGCUGCACAUUUGAAAGAUUUGUGUAUGUUGGAUUUAAGUCUACACAAACUUUUUAUACAUUUAAAUAAAAUGACAAUGACAGAAAAAUAGAAAAAAAAUAUUCUAAAAAGAUUAACCAUAUUAAAUAAAAUGUAUGCCUUAUUUCAGAAAGGAAGACCCAAGUUUUCAAAAUGUAAAUAGUUAUGAAUGAUUCAGGAAAUUUUGAAUUAUGUCAUUUGUUUUAUGUUCUGUACAAUAGACAAAUUUGACCACAAUAAAGCAGUGUUUUUUAAACUC